GCGCCGCCUGAGAGGAAACAAAGUGCUGCGGGCGGGAGACUCGGCGGCGGCGGCGGCGGCGGCGGCGGCGGCGGCGGCGGCGCGCGGACUCUGCUCGGCUCUCCCUGCCACCCUCACCCUGUAUUUCCUGAGCGUGUGUGCGCGCGUGUGUGCUUCGUCCUUCCCCCCGACGUCUGCCUCUCCGCGAGCGCGGAUCGUCGGUUCGUGCCUUCCCUCACGCUUCUCCGCCUGACGCCCCCUCCGUGUUCCGGCGCUGCCCGCGGCCUCAGCGCUCAGCUCUCCUCGCCGAUCGCCAUGGCGACAGCGACCCCCGUGCAGCAGCGGACGGGCAGCCGCGCCGGCGGCCCCGCCACGCCACUGAGCCCCACGCGGCUGUCGCGGCUGCAAGAGAAGGAGGAGCUGCGCGAGCUCAACGACCGGCUGGCCGUGUACAUCGACAAGGUGCGCAGCCUGGAGACGGAGAACAGCGCGCUGCAGCUGCAGGUGACGGAGCGUGAGGAGGUGCGCGGCCGCGAGCUCACCGGCCUCAAGGCACUCUACGAGACCGAGCUGGCCGACGCGCGACGCGCGCUCGACGACACGGCCCGCGAGCGCGCCAAGCUGCAGAUCGAGCUGGGCAAGUUCAAGGCCGAGCACGACCAGCUGCUCCUCAAUUAUGCUAAGAAAGAAUCUGAUCUUAAUGGAGCCCAGAUCAAGCUUCGAGAAUACGAAGCAGCGCUGAAUUCGAAAGAUGCAGCUCUGGCUACUGCUCUUGGUGAUAAAAAAAGUUUAGAGAGCGAUUUGGAGGAUCUGAAGGAUCAGAUUGCCCAGUUGGAAGCCUCUUUAGCUGCUGCGAAAAAACAGUUAGCAGAUGAAACUUUACUUAAAGUGGAUUUGGAGAAUCGCUGUCAGAGCCUUACUGAGGACUUGGAGUUUCGUAAAAACAUGUAUGAGGAGGAGAUUAAUGAGACCAGAAGGAAGCAUGAAACUCGCUUGGUAGAGGUGGAUUCUGGGCGUCAGAUUGAGUAUGAGUACAAGCUGGCUCAAGCCCUUCAUGAGAUGAGAGAGCAACACGAUGCCCAAGUCAAGCUGUACAAGGAAGAGAUGGAGCAGACUUACCACGCCAAACUUGAGAAUGCCAGACUGUCGUCAGAGAUGAAUACAUCUACUGUCAAUAGUGCCAGGGAAGAACUGAUGGAAAGUCGUGUGAGAAUUGAGAGUCUCUCAUCUCAGCUUUCUAAUCUACAGAAAGAGUCUAGAGCAUGUUUGGAGAGGAUUCAAGAGUUGGAGGACUUGCUUGCUAAAGAAAGAGACAACUCUCGCCGCAUGCUGUCUGACAAAGAGAGAGAGAUGGCGGAAAUAUGGGAUCAGAUGCAGCAACAGCUGAACGAUUAUGAACAACUUCUUGAUGUAAAGUUAGCCCUGGACAUGGAAAUCAGUGCGUACAGGAAGCUCUUAGAAGGCGAAGAAGAGAGAUUGAAGCUCUCUCCGAGCCCUUCUUCCCGUGUGACAGUAUCACGCGCAUCCUCGAGUCGCAGCGUGCGUACAACCAGAGGGAAGCGGAAGAGAGUGGACGUGGAAGAAUCCGAGGCCAGCAGUAGUGUCAGCAUCUCUCAUUCUGCCUCAGCCACUGGGAAUGUCUGCAUUGAAGAGAUAGAUGUUGAUGGGAAAUUUAUCCGCUUGAAGAACACUUCCGAACAGGAUCAACCAAUGGGAGGCUGGGAGAUGAUCAGAAAAAUUGGAGACACAUCAGUCAGUUACAAAUAUACCUCAAGAUAUGUGCUGAAGGCAGGCCAGACUGUUACAAUCUGGGCUGCAAAUGCCGGUGUCACAGCCAGUCCUCCCACCGACCUCAUCUGGAAGAACCAGAACUCUUGGGGCACUGGCGAAGAUGUGAAGGUUAUAUUGAAAAAUUCUCAGGGAGAGGAGGUUGCUCAAAGAAGUACAGUCUUCAAAACAACCAUACCUGAAGAGGAAGAGGAGGAGGAAGAAACAGCUGAAGUGGCUGUCGAGGAAGAACUUUUCCACCAGCAGCCUCCAGAGUUGAGAACCACUUGAGGUGGGUUAUAGGAGAAUGAAUUUUUGGCAUGGAUACUUCCUCGUACAUUUUGGAGGAAUAUUUAAGAACAGGUGUUUUAUACUUGGCUUUAACAAGAAACAGGUACAAGAUCCAUUUUCUGCCCUUAUUUGAAAUAUUAUAAUGACUGGAAGUAAAAUAACAAUAUAAGAGAUAUCUCAGGGUGCCAGGCUAGUGGUUCAGAGCAUGAGUUGUAGCAGGUCAGAUGCUGGAGAAGGCUGUUUAGGCCACCAGAACAGUUGAGAAGAUCUCUGGAAAAUAGGCUUGUCCAGUAUUUUGAAAGAUGGGCAAUUAUUUGAGUAUUAGAAGGCAGAUGGUAGUGUUCUGUGGUUGUUUGAAUUAUCUGUUGCUACAUUAGGAGACCACCUUAAAUUAAAGCUCAGUGACUUAAAACUGAUUUCUUAAUUCCUAUGACUCUGUGGUUUGACUGGGCUCCACUGGGCAAUUCAUUUGUUCCCACCCAAUGGAGAGUGAAGUCAGUCAUGCAGUUGCUUUCAGCUGGAAGCUUGGCUAGGGCUCAAAUGUUCUCCAUGUCUGUUUCCAUGUGGUUUCUUAUCAUUUGGUUGUUUAGUCCAACCUUCUUUACAGCAUGGCAGCUGGCUUCCAAGAGAGUGAAAACGGAAAGCAUUAGAUUUCUUAAAGGCCCAUAUUCUUUUAGUCAAAGUAAGUCAUAGGCCAGCUUCAAUUCCAGGGGAGGGUAAAUAGUCUCCACCUCAUAAUGGGAGGAGUGGCAAAGAAUUUAUCAUGAUCUUUAAUUCAUCACAGGGUAUAUGUCAAGACUUGAGCACCAAGUAUAUCUGUCCAUCCAGUUGUGUUUGUAGGGUGUGAGUGAGAGAUAAGUGAAGUGGGGAGGUUGGUGUUAAAUCAGCAUACUCUGGAAUGCCUAGGGAAGGAGCUUCUGCACACUUUGGAGCAAGGAGAAGUUGAGACAAUAUCAGAGGGAUGACUGUAGAAGGGAGAUUGCAGACACCCUGAGAGACUAUGCAAAUGGAGAUUCAUUAAUUAAGGCAUAGUGACCGAACUUGAGGGGGAGAAGAAAAAAAAUCAAAGAUGUGCGAGGUUUUUAGCUUUUGUGAUCAGAAGAAAUAAUGAUAUCAAAGUUCUAAAGAGGGGACUUCCCUGUUGGCGCAGUGGUUGAGUCCGCCUGCCGAUGCAGGGGACACGGGUUCGUGACCCGGUCCGGGAAGAUCCCACAUGCCGCGGAGUGGCUAGGCUCGUGAGCCAUGGCCGCUGGGCCUGCGCGUCUGGAGCCUGUGCUCCGCAACGGGAGAGGCCACAACAGUGAGAGGCCUGCGUACUGCAAAAAAAAAAAAGUUCAAAAGAGGGAAGAUGGAAGGAUGGAUCAACUAUUUUGACUUCAUAUUAGAGAAUGAAUCCAGUGGCCUUUUGAGUUGAUUAGAAGUCUUUCUGGUUGACCUUCAAGAAACCAAUUUCAGUAGUCAAGUGGUGUUUCACAGUCAUGUUGUGAGAUUUUAAGGAAUUAAUGAGUGAUAAAGAAAUGGAUAGAGGGAGCCGUUUUGACUUCACAUUUGAAGAUGAACCCAAUGCAAAUGCUUCAGGAUAUGAAAGCUGAGGAUCCAGCAAGCCAUAUUUCCUGAUGUGGUUGUUCAGAAUGCCAUCCACUGAGCUCCUGUUUCCUAAGUUACCAAAGGAUGUUAUUGAAUAGGAAGUUUCAACUUCAGCUGCUUAUUAGGAUUUCUUAGGGAGCUUUAAAAUUACAUAUAAAUAGAUACUGUUCCCCAGUUAAAUGAGAAAUUCUCAUUUAUUUUAAAAAAAUUUAUUUAUUUAUUUAUUUUUGGCUGCAUUGGGUCUUUGUUGCUGCGUGCGGGCUUUCUCUAGUUAAAGCGAGCGGGGGCUGCUCUUUGUUGUGGUGUGUGGGCCUCUCAUUGCAGUGGCUUCUCGUUGUGGAGCAUGGGCUCUAGGUGCGAGGGCUUCAGUAGUUGUGUCAUGCGGGCUCAGCAGUUGUGGCUCAUGGGCUUUAGAGCUCAGGCUCAGUAGUUGUGGCACACGGACUUAGCUGCUCCGUGGCAUGUGGGAUCUUCCCGGACCAAGGCUUGAACCUGUGUCCCCUGCAUUGGCAGGCAGAUUCUUCACCACUGUGGCACAAGGGAAGUCCGAAAUGAGAAAUUCUCAUUUAAUUGAUCUAGGGACCUAGAUCAGAAUUUUGUUUUAAGAACUCAGGAUCUCAAUGUGCAGCUAGAGUUGAGAAUCACUGUUCUGGAAUUUGUUGGAGUAUUCUAGGGGAGAAGUCCAUAAGAGAAGUUUAAAAAGGAUAAGUGAGAAGUAAUAAACGUCCAUUUGAAGUUAGGUAAUAAUGAAUUUGUAGUAUCUCUGCCUUAUUUUAAAAUACCGUGAUCCAUUUUCUUAGCACUAAUUUUUUUUUCUGUUUUCCU